AUGGCGUCGCAGCCCAUCGCCGAUGUGGACCACCAGAAUCCCACGGUCAUCUCCGCAGAGAAAUCCUCUGUGCCGCAGAGUGAAUCCACUUCCAGAGAUGCCUCGGCCAAUGCCGACUCCGUCGCUCGACUGUCAGAAGACCAGAACAAUGGCGAUGCGCCAGUCGAGAAGGUCGUCACCGGCGCACCGCUGUCGCAGGUGCCGUCCCAGGCCCAGAAGCUGGGCAAGAAGAAGGUUUUUAUUGUAAUGUUUGCGCUUUGUAUGGUUCUAUUCCUUGCCGCCUUGGAUAUGACCAUCGUCUCGACAGCCCUGCCAACCAUGGCGGCUCACUUUCAUGCCUCCGAGAGUGGUUAUUCCUGGAUGGCCUCCGCCUACAUGCUGGCUAACGCAGCCUGUGUCCCGCUCUGGGGCAAAAUCAGUGAUAUCUGGGGCCGAAAGCCCAUCAUCCUCCUGGCCAAUGCGGUGUUUCUGGUGGCGAGUCUGAUCUGCGCGUUGGCAGUGAAUCUCCCCAUGAUUAUUGCGGGCAGAGCGCUCCAAGGUAUUGGUGGAGGAGGAAUCAUCGUUCUCGCCAACAUCAGUGUUUCGGAUCUAUUCAGCGUCAGAGAGCGAGGAAUGUACUACGGUCUAUUCGGGACCACCUGGGCCAUCGCCGGUGCUCUAGGCCCCAUCAUUGGAGGCGCAUUCACUACCAAUGUCACCUGGCGGUGGUGUUUCUAUCUCAACCUCCCUAUCGGCGGCCUCUCCUUCGUCAUCCUCUUCUUCUUCCUGAAGAUUGAAUCCGGCAAAACACCCCUGCUCGCCGGGAUCCGCGCCAUCGACUGGUCCGGGACGCUGCUCAUCAUCGGCGGCACCGUCAUGUUCCUCUUCGGUCUCGAGUUCGGCGGUGUCAGUUACCCGUGGGCCUCCCCCACGGUCAUCUGUCUCAUCGUCUUCGGCAUCGUCACAUGGGUGAUCGCGAUGCUGAACGAGUGGAAAGUCGCGCGGUACCCGGUCAUCCCGCUGCGGCUGUUCGGAAACUGGCACAACUGCCUCGUGCUGCUCAUCUGCUUCUGCCACUCGUUCGUCUUCAUCUCCGGCGCCUACUACCUCCCGCUCUACUUCCAGACGGUCCUCCUCGCCAGCCCCAUCCUCAGCGGUGUGUACGUGCUGCCCAACGUGCUCAGUCUGUCGGUCGUCUCCGCCGCGACAGGGUUCAUCAUGCGCAAGGUCGGCCGCUACCGCGAGCUGAUCAUCGGUGGCAUGCUCUUCAUGACCAUCGGCUAUGGCCUCUUCAUCGACCUCAAGCCCUAUGCCUCCUGGCCGCGCAUCAUCAUCUACCAGAUCAUCGGCGGAAUCGGCACCGGUCCGAACUUCCAGGCGCCCCUCGUCGCCCUGCAGGCCAACAUCCACCCCUCCGACGUCGCCACCGCGACCUCCACCUUCGGCUUCCUGCGCCAGACCUCCGCCGCCAUCGCCACCGUCCUCGGCACCGUCGUCUACCAGAACGUCCUGAGCCAGCAGAUGCCCCGCAUCGCCGCCGCUCUCGGCCCCGACAACGCCCACGCCAUCUCCAGCGGCUUCGCCGGCUCCCAGAGCGACCUCAUUCGCUCCCUGCCCGCCGACCAGCGCGCCGUCAUCCUCGACGCCUACACCUUCGCCCUCAGCCGCAUGUGGAUCUUCUACACCGCCAUCGCCGGCUUCGGCUUCAUCCUUACCCUCUUCGUGCGCCACAUCGAGCUCAGCAAGUCCCACACCGUCACCAAGACCGGCCUGCAGGAACAGGAGCGCGCAAGACAGGAGAUCCUUGCCGCGCAGCGCGCGGAGCGCCAGCCUCCCGAGCCGAAGGAGGGAGCCUGA